AUGUGGUGGUUCUCGGUGAAAUAUCCAUGGAGUACACUACUUAUAUUUUAUGUGAUUAUGCAUGCUAUAUAUGUUAAUGGAAAAUUAAAAGGUCGUAUAUGUGCGUAUGGUGACAUUGAUCGUGACUUAUAUACCGAUAUCAUUGUUCAGGAUCAUGAUCGAUUAAAGAUUUAUUUCCAGAAUGAAAAUGGCGAAUUUUUCGAGGCAGGACAAAAUAUUAACCUUGGUUCAUCACACACUGUUUCAUGUGCAGUUGGCGAUUUCAAUGGUGAUUCAGUGCCUGACAUACUGGUUUCGAGGAAGAAUUCCAGUGGCCAGAAAGGUUAUGAAUCGACUGUGUAUAUAUUUUCAUAUAAUACUUACAAACCAGUUCAUUUAAACGCAACGUUGCUGGAUGAACUAUCGGUGAUGGAUGUUAACGGUGAUGGUAUCAGUGAUGUUGUGGGAUUUUUGAAUAACAGUUCCUUAUUUUGUCAGCUGGGUUCAGCAAGCGAGAAUUUUUCAUCCUGUGAACAUUUUUUCAAUGCAUCUGGUAAAAUGCCCAAUAUUGUCCCAUAUGAACACUUUUUGCAUUCCUUUGUCGAUAUAAAUGGUGAUUUAAGUGCUGAAAUAAUAUUUGGUACCGAAAUUAACAAUCGUUUAAAAAUGCAAGCAUGGAAAAGAAUAUCAAAUGAAAUGUGGGAGUUAGAUCACGCGCUUAUUGCUGAUUUACCAAACGGUUCAUGUCCUACAAAUUACUUUGGUGCUGUAUUAUUUGCGGAUUUUGAUGCCGAUGGACUCGUAGAUAUUGGUUUACCAUGUUGUGCUGAUGUAACGUGUCGAAAAGUAGUAGUAAUCAAUAUGUGGAACCACUAUAUCGGUGCAUGGCAAGAUUUCCACAUUACUGGUCUUGAGGGUUCCGAUUUGGUAUCCAAAAGAGAUGAAGGAAAUGUUGUUUUUCGUGUUGGAGAUUUUUCACUGGAUGGAUAUCCUGAUUUAAUAGCACUUGUGACAAGUUGCAAAGAUAAUUUAGUUUACUGUAUUUCAAAUCCAAUGAUUUUGGAAAAUGUGCCAUGUACUGAUUGUAUUUCCAAUGCUUCCAGAAGAUUUGAAUUGAGAACAAGUCCCAGGCUUAUUCAGCCUGCUGAUGUUUCGUUAGGUCAGAUUCAGCUAGCGUCUUUUUUUGAUUUGAAAGAGGAUGGAACUCUCGAUGUGUUACUUGAAUAUAAAGAUGCUGAUCAAAGUAUGGCUGUUGAUUUUAUUAGAUGUGAAGAUAAAGGUGAUACGACAUUCCUGAAAGUGCAAGUAUUUUCAAGCUCAUGUGAUCAAUUCUGUGGUUCUUCAAAAACAAAAAUAGUCGGCUCACAGUGUCAGAUGCCGCAGACAACACAUCGAGCACUUCAUACACCAUUUGCUUUAUUCGGUUUGGGAAGAUCACCAAACUUUGUUGAUUACGUGCACAUUGGCUCUCCACGUGUGCCUUUGGCAGGUAGUCUGCAUUACGGAAAUCAGCAUUAUUACUUAAAGCAAAUUGUACCGAAUUCAAGACUAAUUGUUGUUCCACCUAAGGGUGAUGGUGUUCAUUGGCAGAGUAGGCUUUAUCUUACUCCUAGUCAGUUGAUAAAGCAGUCACUGAUGGUAUUAGUAUCAGUCUGUAUGAUACUGUUAUUGGUGGUUGUAUUUUUGCAUUAUCGUGAAAGGCGUGCUGACAAACACGAACGACAGGCACAGUCACAUCGAUUCCAUUUUGAUGCCAUGUAA